UUAUUGGCAUAACAGCUGUUGCUCGCACGUGUCGUUUUGUUUACAAUUUUUUUAGUUGCAAAAAAUGAAACCAAAACCGCAGAAAAACACUGGCAAAUUUAAUAAAAAGCCUACCAAAGCUGAUCAAAAGCAAAAGCCCAAUUUUAAGCAAAAAUACAAGCAAAAGAAGCAGGACAACAAACCCAACAAGCCGGAAAUACGUAAAAUGAUACGCCAGCAGAAGGCUGCCGAAGCGCAGGCGGAGCGUGACAAGAUCAAUGCUGAAAAGGAGGCACGCAUCAAGGCAUACAAGAAGCAGCGCCUGGAAAAGACCAAAGCCAUCAGCAAGCGCACCCAGCGCGGCCAGCCCCUGAUGAAGGAUCGCAUGCAGCUGCUGCUCAAGCAAAUCGAGGAGAUGAAGGGGCGCCAAUGACGGGGAUAUGUGUUGGUGGGAGAAAGAGCAAGCUUCCCAGCUCCCAGCAUAGGAAGCAUAUAGCACAGUCAUAUGCAAAUUCUGUUUGGCUCAGCAAAUUGGCUUUUGCUAAACAUUUUUAACGCCUUAUCGACGGCAUUUGCAUCCUGUCGCUGACAACCCCUCGUGAUAAGCGCGUGGGCGCGACCUCUCAACUAAUUCCCGCGCGUAUUCAAUGGAGGUCGACAAACAAAGCAAUUUGUUGCCAACCAUGCAUCUAUUGAAUUUUUGACUUUUCACCGUCUGCUCCUGUCGGAUAUAUUUUACAUAAUAAUAAAAAUAAAUUUUUACGUGCAA